UUGCUGUAACUCCACGUUGCUUGAUAAUCAAAUUGAAAAACAGUACUCCCCAUAUUCAUAUCAUAUGCGAUUCUCUCCUAUAAAAAAAGAAGAGCAGAGGACUUAAUCAUUAAAAAUGUCUGUUUUCCGAAUCUUCAUUAACCUCUUUUUACUCUCCCUGCUCCGCUUCACAGUUAAUGCUCAGAACCCAACUUACAUCGCCCAUGUGUGCCGCAACGCGGUCAAUUUCACCAGAAACAGAACUUACCAAUCCAAUCUCAACAGCCUCCUCUCCGCCCUCUCCUCCAACGCCAACGUCACCAACGGCUUCUAUAAUACCACUUCUGGAGAAAGCCCCAAUAGGAUCUAUGGCUUCUUCCUCUGCCGCGGUGACGUACCGACCACUAUUUGUCAAAAUUGUGUCAUAUUUGCUACAAAGAACGUGGAAAACUGGUGCCCUGUUGAGAAGCAGGUGGUUAUUUGGUACGAUGAGUGCCUUCUCCAUUACUCUGGCGAACCGAAUUCGUUCACCCUAAGUGAACGGCUGAACGCGAGUACGGUGAAUCCUACCAAUCUGAAUGCCAGCUAUGAGGGCCAAUUCAACAAGGAAGUGGCAGUGACUAUAAACGAUGCGACGACUCAGGCCGUGUCAGUGGACAAAAGGUUUGCCACAAAGAAGUCUAAUUGUUCUGUGUUUCAGACCCUGUACAGUCUGGUUCAGUGCACACCAGACCUGUCGAGUCUGGAUUGUAAUAGGUGUCUCCAAGAAGCCAUAUCAGGUCUCUCUGAAUGUUGCAGCGGAAAAGUAGGUGCAAGAGUAUUGUACCCUAGGUGUUACGUUAGGUAUGAAGUUUAUCAAUUUUAUGCAGCUCCGAUUUUAACUCCUCCUGCCGUUGUCAACCACAGAGGUAAAGUUGAGUGCAUAAUAUACUGAUUCUCUCUCUCUUUGCGAAAUGUUUUUAAACCUUGCAUGCUGAUAAUUUUGUAAGCUAACUAGUGUGGUCCUUUCUGCAUUCAUCAAAUUUAGCAAAUUUAGAUACUAGUCUAGCCUUUACAUGGACCAUGUGUAUUGUGUGGUCCUUUCUACAUUCAUCGAUCCAUGUUGGUUUUUUCCCUCGUCUUACCCUAUCCUGCCUUAAUAUUGGU